AUGGCGCUCCGCGAGAUGCUUCGCUCGUUCGUCAAGGACAAGGUCGAGCCCCAGGCCAUCGACUACAACCGCGCUGAGAAGUUCAACGUCGACCUCUUCCGCGAGCUCGGUGAGCUUGGCUUGCUCGGCAUCACUGUGCCGGAGAAGUACGGCGGCUCGGAGAUGGACGCGUUGGCGGCGGUCAUUGCCCACGAAGAGCUCAGCUCGUCGGACCCUGCGUUCUGCCUCUCGUUCCUUGCGCACUCGAUGCUCUUCACCAACAACUUGGCGCGCAACGGCAGCGACGAGCAGUGCGCCAAGUAUCUCCCGGCGGCGUGCUCGGGCGAAGCCAUUUGCGGCAUGGCCAUGAGCGAGCCCGCGGUCGGCACGGAUGUCUUGGGCAUGAAGACGACGGCCACGAAGGCGUCUCAUUGA